ACGAAACACAACAAUGUUUUGUGUAAAGCGCGAAAAUUCUAUAUAAAACAAUAAAUAAUUAUAAACGAAAUUAAUUAAAUUUUACAAUAGAAAAAGUGUAUUUUUUAUAGAAAAAUAAAUAAAUAAUAAAAUAAAAUUUUGUAAAAAACACCUUCAAGAAAAAAUAUAUUAAAAAAAUAAAAAAUGUUUAAAACUUGUCAAAAAAAAACCGGUUUAAAGGAUUAAAGUGUAUUGGAAUUUAAAAUAAUUAGUUUUUUAUCUUUAAAACAAACAGGAUUAUUAUAUAUUUAAAUCCUUAAAAUACAGAUUUCCAAACCGAGACAAAAAAAGUGUUAAAUUUAUCUGAAACCAGUUAAAAAAAAACAAAAACAACGAUUGUAUAUGUUCGAGAAAAAAGGCUUUUAACAACGAGUUAAAAUUUGAUAACAUUUAAAGCAAAAAAAAAAAUAAACCAAAAUAUAUUAAAGGAUAUUAUUUUCAUCACAAUUACUUCCACAAUAAGGACCACAAUCUACAAGAGUUGCUAAACAAAGGAAAAAAGAAAUACAAAAUACAUAACAGAACGAUUUAGCACAUUUUAAGCGAAAAUGUGGUCAAUACUAAAAAACAUUUCAAACAACUGGCCCACAACAUAUAUACUAAAUAUUACUUAAAGGAAAAAGAAAAGCAGAGAUAAAGAACAGCAAGCUUAAUGCAAACACAGUUUUCCCCCACUAAAGGAAAAUAAGAAGGAGCAAAACAAAAAAUGAAAUAUUCUUUAAAUAUUUUACUAAUGAGCUUAAUACCUACAUUGAGUUUACAACAUAAAUACCAACAACAACAACAAGAAGAGAAAUUGCCCACAGGAGCAGCCUUAGCAGCAGACGAUUUUCUAAUGGAAACCAAAACAGAAGACAACUUUUUAGAUAUAACCUCUUCAAAAGCUAAUGCUUUAUCGGCUGUACUCGAGGACCAAUUAAAGCCCACCUUAAAAUUGUUUGAAUUUGAUGAUGUGAACUUUUAUCGCCAACUAAAUGCCACUAUGUAUGGAGGUGUAGGUGGUUUUAAUUUUUCACUCUCCAAUUCCAGUUAUGAUGGUUUUGAGGAUGAGGGUUAUGGCUGUAAUUCGGGUCAACAUACGAUCAUUAAUCUUAUCACCAUGAUACUUUAUUCGGUGGUGUGCAUUAUAGGUUUAUUUGGCAAUACAUUAGUUAUUUAUGUAGUUUUGAGAUUUUCCAAAAUGCAGACGGUAACUAAUAUUUACAUAUUAAAUCUGGCCAUAGCGGAUGAAUGCUUUCUCAUAGGCAUUCCUUUUCUAUUGUACACCAUGCAGAUAGGAAGUUUUCAAUUUGGUGAAUAUGCCUGCAAGGCUUAUAUGGUGAGUACUUCCAUAACACAAUUCACUUCCUCCAUAUUCCUGCUCAUUAUGUCGGCCGAUCGCUAUAUAGCUGUUUGCCAUCCCAUAUCCUCGCCGCGCUAUCGCACGCCUUUGGUAUCGAAAAUGGUUUCGGGUAUUGCUUGGUUAACCUCGGUGCUCUUAAUGUUGCCGGUGAUUUUAUUUGCCAAUACUGUGGAGAAUGGUGAGCAUAGAUCCUGCAACAUUAAGUGGCCAGAAGCUCAGAAUACCCAAUCGGGUACCACAUUUAUACUGUACUCAUUGGCCUUGGGUUUCGCUACGCCUCUUAUCUUCAUUUUAGGCUUCUACUGCUUGGUCAUACGCAAAUUGCAUACAGUGGGUCCCAAGCACAAGUCCAAAGAGAAGAAGAGGUCACAUCGGAAAGUCACCAAACUGGUGUUAACAGUGAUUACAGUAUACAUACUAUGUUGGUUACCCUAUUGGAUAUCCCAGGUAGCUUUAAUAACAUCGCCACCCGGUAAUUGUGUGUCACGUUUGGAGAUCACCAUAUUUCUAUUAGUGGGUUGUUUGGGUUACUCCAACUCGGCAAUGAAUCCUAUACUCUAUGCCUUUCUAAGUGAUAAUUUCAAGAAAUCUUUCAUGAAAGCCUGCACCUGUGCGGCCCGCAAAGAUGUCAAUGCCCAAUUACAAUUGGAGAACAGUUUAUUCCCUAAAUUUAACAAAUCAAGACCCUCGGAUAAACUACUCUCUAAUACUAAACAGAAAAAUUCGAUAUUAAAUCGUAAAAAUAAUAAAGCGAAAAAUAUGGUCAGCUCCUCGGUGGCCACCACUAUAACCUGCACUACCAAUACCACCACCUUAGAGGCAGGCAACAAUAUAGCCAUUUGUCCUUCCACUCAAAUGAAACAUCUUUUAGAAAAUCCUGCCAGCCAACCCACUACUUCCUCUCAUGACUAUAACAGCCAGCUUACCGCCAUACAAGGAGGCAUAAGUGAAAAUUCUAAUUUAGAAAACUCUUCAGAAUGUUCAGAUACCCCACCAGCUGACAUUGCAGCUGUUGUUAAACCUCCUGUCUUACAUACCGAUUUAUAAGAGCGAAACUAUAAGAGUCCUUUACAAGCUAAAGAGUGUAUAGUUGUUUUAAAGCAACAUCAUUCACAGCAGCAUUCUCUUAAUCAAUUAUAAUAGUAGAAUUUAAAAAUUCAAAAAAAAAUUUAAAUUUAGAUAGUAUUUUAGAAAUUGAGGAAUUAUAACUAUUAAGCAAGUUUGAUAUUAAUAAAUUAAUAAUACAAAUUAAAUUUAAUUACUUAAGUUGUAAACUAAAGUAGUUUUAAGUUAAAUAAAAUGUGCUUAAGUUUUUUUAUUGUAAGAAAUUUAAAAUACUCCCCCCUUUAUGAAAAAUGAGCAGUUUCAAAGGUCCAAUAUAAAAGAAUUUACUAAUUGACAAAAACUGUAAGGAAAAACUUUCGAUUAUUUAGUAGAUAAAUAUCUUGCUUUUAAAAAUAGUUUUAUUAAAAGAAUAAAAGCUUUAGAGUUUCCUUAAAGGUACAGUGGUCAACAAAAGUCAAGUGAUAGAUAAAUUACAAUAGCGGCGUUAGUUAUUAGGUUUUCAAGUCAAGGGAAAUAUUCAAAUAAAGAAAAUUAAAUUUUUUCUAAAUUUUAAAUAACUAAAAGCUUUUAUCUACUACUGUACCACAUUUUUUAUUUAUAGAAAAGCUUACUAUAAUAUCCUAUUUGUACAGGAACUUUUUUUGGAAACUAGUGUGAAAACCUAAAAGCUUUUAACCAAAAAUUGUUAUAUUUAUUUAUUAACAAAAACUUGAUAAAAUUUUCCUUUAAAAAUAAAAGCUUUUAAAUGAAGUUUAGCUAUUUGUCAAUAAAAGCUUAUUCUUUAUAUUCAAAGAAAAACAUAAGAAAGCUCUUAAACCUAGAUUUUACUUUUAAAGAAUUUUCUAAAGUUUAAAAAUAAAAUCCUUCAAUAGAAGCUUUUGAUUCAAUAUUUAUUUGGGAAAAUUUUUGAUGAAACUUUCAAAAAGCUUUUGUAUUGCUUUCGAAACCAAAUAUUUUAAAGAAACCAUUCAAUAAAUUUAUAUAUUCCAUUUAUGGAUUAUUAACUACGAAAGCUUUUUAAAGAGCUUCAAACUUCAAAUACUAUCAAACUUCAACGUACUUAAAUUGAAGAACGGAUACUUUUGUUCGUCACUGUAUUUUUUGCAAUUUAUUGCUAUACUAUGAAAAAAACUGUAAAAUCCAAAUUAAUUUUAAAACAUUUUUAUACUAAAAAGUUUUCUAUAGAUUUUUUCAAACAAAAUAAAUUUUUCAUUAAAUUCCGGCAUCUAAUGCGCAGUCGUCAGUUGUAUUAUCCCUAUUUUAAGACAAAAACAAACAAAAUGCUUUAAAACUUUUGUCAACUAGCAACACUUCAGUAAUGCACCAAAAUUAAGAAAAACCAAAAUGAAAUUAAGAAUAAACGAAUUUAAUUAAGCAUUUUAGAAAAAUAAAAUUAAAAUUAAAAAAAAAAAAUAAAAAAGAUUUAAAAAACUUACUGAAAUUAACCCUGCAUAGGAAAAGUUAUCUGAAAAUAAAGCAGAUACAGGGUAUUAAAAUACAAUUAUUAAAAAAACUAACGAAUAGAAUAAAUUAAAAAAAAAAUAGAAAUAAAAUUAAAAUUUUUUGUAUAUAUUAAAAAUAAAAAGUAAUUAAUGUUAAAACCA